AUGCGUUAUGCGACUAAGAAAAAAAUUUUGUAUUUAGUGUUUGUUAUCAUAUUGAUAAUUUUACUCCUGCACGUUGAUCUAAACGCACGGAAAACCAAUAUAUUUAUUGAGAAACGUAAAAUUUCAAGUGUAUUGCAUGAAGAAACAUCUGAAAAUUUUACUAGUACUGCCCUUGUUGACUGUGAUUAUAAUGAUAUAAUUUAUGAUGAUACAAAAUUACCGUUGAAUUUAAUAGACGGCGAUUUAAGUGAAGUUUACAGAAUAAAAGAAGGUGGAGAAUAUGCUCCAACUGAAUGUAAAGCUAGGUUUAGUACAGCAAUUGUCGUCCCAUAUCGUUUUAUUUUCCCUUAUUCAAAACUAUUUGGAGAGGUUACUGCCAUUAUAGCAAACCAAUUCAAAAAUAUAAAUGGAAUGAGUAACCAAUAUUUUGAUCGGGGUGGUGAAGAUGAUGACUUUUAUGCUCGUUUGGAGUCACACAACCUAAAAUUGUGUAGGUUUGAGCCUGAAACUAGUGAAUACCAUGUGAUUGCACCUAGGUUGCAAAGAAAGAGGAAUGCAAGAAAACUACAAUCAAGGUUAACUGAAGAUGGAUUAAGUUCAUUAAAGUAUACUGAAGUAGCCACAGUUUUACAUCCACUAUUUACCCAUAUUAUGGUUGAUUUGUAG